AGAGGACACAAAAUCGUUGUAGAGGGAUUAGAAGAACAGUUUGCCUCAAACCACUUCGGUCAUUUCCUUUUAACUAAUCUUCUUCUAGACAUGUUGAAGAAAAGCACCCCUUCUCGGAUAGUAGUAGUAUCUUCUACAGCUUACAAGUGGGGUAAGAUAGAAUUCGAUAAUUUGAAUAUGGAGAAACGUGUGGAUGAGCCUUUUACCGUGUACUGUAACACUAAACUAUCAAACGUUCUCUUCACCAAGGAACUGAGCCGCCGUCUUCAAGGAACUGGUGUCACGGCGAACUGUGUACACCCAGGUGCUGUUAAAACUGAAAUAGGAAGACAGAUGAAUCCUUUAUUAAGCCUUCUUACAAUACCCUUGUUCAAAUAUUUCUUGAAAAGUAGUCUCGAGGGGGCCCAAACAUCAAUCCACGUGGCAGUGGCAGAACAUUUAACGACUGUUAGUGGAAAAUAUUUUGUAGAUUGUCAAGAAAUCCCCCUAGAUCCCAUUGCCGAAGAUGAAGGUUUGGCAAAGAAACUAUGGGAAGUCAGUGAAAAGCUAACGAAAUUGUAGCACUCUUGAGAGGUUUUUCCGUUU